AUGAGCGCCUGGAUGAACGACGCCGUCCCCAACUACAAUGGAAACGGCUUCCCUCACAUAAACGAUCCCAACGCCGCCGGUGCUAUGAUGGACCCCUCUGCCUUUUUGGCCAACCCGGGUCAGUUCAACCCUGGCCAAUUUCCCAACCAGCAACAACAGAUGGCUGGUUUGCAGAAUGGCCCUAUGCGCCACGGCUCGCCGGCAUAUCAGAACUCGAACCCGAACCAAAACCCUCUCUACACUACCAACUCGGUAAUUCCAUCGAAGCGCCCCCGUCCUCGUGACGAUAGUGUCGCUGGCUCGCCAGGCCAAAAUUCUGGCAUGCAACCGCCGUCGCGUUCCGAGACGCCGCAGCAACAAACCUUUCCUGCGUUUCAACCCGGCGGCGGUGCCAUUCCACAACAGAACCCUGCCCAGUUCUCUCAUAUCCAAGCUAACGGCUCUGCCAAUGCCAGCCCGUCUCCCAUCAUGGGUAACCAGAUGCGGCCAGGCAACGUCCCCCAGAGAGUAGCUACUGCUUCACCUCAUCCCUUUUCGCCUGGUCCCCAGCAGUUUGGCGGCACCCAAACAUCGCCAAUCCCCUCCGAUCAUGGCACCCCACAGCCGACUCAAUACAUGCAAAACUUGCCGUCAGCCUACAACCCGGCCUUUGCGCAAUCGCCCUCUAAUCCUAGGCCAUCACCCAACCCAAACGCGAUGCUUGGUGCGGGUGCUGGCAUUGGCCAGAUGAUGCCCCAGCAAAUGGCACAAAUGCCGCAACACAUGAAUCAGAUGAUGCCUAACAUGUAUCAACAGAUGCAACAACAGGCUCAACCGACACUGCAGCCACAGCUCGGUCAGCAGCAGCCUCAGCCGCCCGGUCAGCAGCGACAACCGAGCAUUGCUGAUCAGCAGAAGAUGGCGGCUUACCAGAUGCGACUUCAACAGCAAUUACAUGGCAACAUGCAGAUGCCGGCGCAGAUGCAAGUGCCAAGCAUGGGCCGCGGAAUGAUGCCAAAGCAACAAGUGCCUGCCAUACCCAAUGGGCAGAUGCCUCCAGGUGUCAUGAGGCAACAACCGCGGCUUAUGGGCUCCAUUAAUGCUGAGCAAUUCAUGAAAAACUUGACAGCGCUGAUGAGUGCAAGAGGACUUCCCUUGGAUCCGCAUCCGGUUGUGGCUGACCGACCCGUCAACCUUGUGGUUUUGUUUCAGUUGGUUCAGGCCAAGGGAGGAUAUAAAUCCGUGGCUGCCGUCAACGGCUGGGCGCAUAUUGCACAGGCUCUGGGACUCCCGCCGCAAAUUCCCACCGUGGUCCCGACCUUGAAACAGAUAUACGAGCGAAACUUGAUAAAGUUUGAAGAGGCGUGGAUUGCACAGCACAAGCAAAGAAUGAUGCAGCAGCAUGGUGUUGGAAUGGGCGGGCCCGGAACUUCUCAGAAGCACAUGCAGCCUGGACAACAACUGAGCCAAGGUCAGAUGCUACAGCCAGGACAACUACCUCAAAUGCAACAGUCGUCUCACAUGAAGCCAGGUCAGGCUCCCGUGAAUGGGUUUCCAGCACCACAACCCCCGCAACAAUCUCAACCGCCUCAACAGCAGCCUCAUCCCCAUCAUGCCCAGCAACAUCAGCAGGGACAACAACAGCUUCAUCAGCAGCCACACCCACAAAAUGCCAACGCAAUACCGGCAUCCAGGAAUAGCAGCAUGUCGCGAAGUACGGACCCGUCAGCAACCCACGACUUCCUGCCAUCGCCAAUACACCAUAGACCGGGCAGUCUUUCCGUCGAUGGCCGCCACCACCCUACCGUCUCUGCUGAGCCGCACUUGCCUCGGAUGCCCCCGAAACCUCAGGACUAUAGCCCUUGCGCACGGGAGCUUUCAACACAUGGAGGAGUCGACCUACGAGCUGCAGCGCUCCUCGGUAUCGAACUGGAAAAAAGCGAGCCUACUGUUCCGUCGGUGAAUGAGCUCGGUAACGUCGAUAUUGCCGCUCUGACUCGAAGCUUGCAAUCCAAUCUCCACGGCGAAGUGCGCGUGGCGCUCGACACUUUGGUCAUUAUCUCAUCGUCACCUAUCCAAGCCCACUUCUUGCAUCUCAGGACCUGCGAUGACUUGGUUGAAGCCCUGAUGGAUUGUGCCGACACGCAGCUAGACCUUCUUCUUGAGCAUGCGGUCGAGGUUUGCGACGAGAUUCAGUUGACUCCGUACGAAGAUGUCGUGCGUGCUUGCCGUAUCGAGCGUCUCGCAAUCAAGAGUGUACCGGCAUUUGGUAGCGAUGAGUACGAAUUAGACCGAGCAGUCGACAGACUGAUUUCCAUAACGACGAUACUACGCAACGUAUCAUUUCCCGGGGAACACAACGACAACCACCUGGUCUUGUGUGAUGAUGUGGUUGUCAAAUUGCUGUGCUCUAUUAUUCGGUAUAUGGGCACGCGUACCAUGCUGUUGCGCACCCACUGCAAUACUCUGGAUUUGAUGAAGGAUAUGGUUAUUCUGCUGUCAAACAUUGCAGGCUCGUUGGAGAUUCCGGGCCGGGAACAAGCUCUCUGUCUUCUGCAGUUUCUCUUGGCCUUCGCCCCGGUUCCGGGUCCGGUCCUGGUGAACGAUAGCUUCACCUUCUCACACGAACUGCUUACCAGGGCGUUUGCUCUCGCCAUUUCCCCCAUUCCCGACAAGGCCAAGGAGCAGCUCCGCCGAGACAAGGUCCCGCCACUGCACGAAGUCAGGAAACCGUUCUUGAUGCAAGGUCUGUUGGCCGCAGAAAUCAUUGUCUCUUUGAUUUCCAGUUCUGAGUGCGAUCUGGCAAGAGCGUUUCUUACCUCGGCAGAUGGGCUGGCGCAAAAUCUGGCGAAACUGAUACAGGAGCUAAGUGCAUUGUAUGAGAAGCCAGCGGCACUUGCAAGAGGGGGAAGCCGUGUAACGGCCAGGAAAGACCCGGAGCUCGUCUACAUUGUUGUUGUUGCGGCCUCGCUUUUGCGUCGCCUUGCUGAAAAGGCACGAGAAUCCUCAGCUGCCGGGCCUGCAGGUAUUGCAGGUCUGUUACCGCCACCGCAAAUGUUGAUGGAAAGCCUGAUGAUGCAGUCUUCAGAAUGGACCAAGGAUGGACUUUUACCGCACCUAACGGCCGUACUGAACUUGGACGGAUAA